AAGGAGAAGACUGACCUAAAAUAAACUUAAAAAAGAUAAAAUAAAAUAAAAUAAAAAAGAAGGAGCGAGAGUUAUCUUUGUUGCAGCUGAGUACUGAAGCAAGAGCUUGGCGCCAGGACUUGAAAAAAAAGAGAUUUUGAUGGCAAUUUCCACCUCCUUUGUGCCUGUUGUUUCUUUCAAUUCUGUCUCGUCCUCCCCCUCCUCUUCUUUGCCAUGUCCUUCUCUGAGUUCUUCGAGUGCCCGUUACCGUGGUUUGAUGGUGAGUAAUCAGCGCUUGCGUGGGCGAUUGGUUGUUAACUGCUCAUCUUCUGAAAUGGGUUCCAGUUCUGACUCUGGGAAUGGAAGGUCGUUUAACAGACAUACUCAAAUGCCAUCUAUGGCUCCCUAUGGGGUAACAAUGAAUGGAAAUGGCCAGUCUGGGCCAUCUUAUAAAUGGCAAAGGGUCUUACUUAAAGUAAGCGGGGAAGCACUUGCUGGAGAUCACACGCAGAAUAUUGACCCAAAGGUAACAAUGGAAAUUGCAAGAGAGGUUGCAUCGGUGACUCGCCUUGGCAUUGAGGUUGCCAUUGUGGUUGGUGGGGGAAAUAUCUUCCGUGGAUCUUCAUGGGCGGGAAGCAGCGGUCUUGACCGGUCAUCUGCUGAUUACAUCGGGAUGUUGGCAACUGUCAUGAAUUCAAUAUUUCUUCAAGCAACAAUGGAAAGUAUCGGCAUCCCUACUCGAGUGCAGACUGCAUUUCGUAUGUCUGAGGUUGCAGAGCCUUAUAUACGUCGAAGGGCUGUGAGGCAUUUGGAGAAAGGGAGGGUAGUGAUCUUUGCAGCAGGAACUGGAAAUCCAUUCUUUACCACAGAUACUGCUGCAGCACUUCGUGGUGCAGAAAUCAAUGCAGAGGUUGUGCUGAAAGCUACAAAUGUUGAUGGGGUUUAUGACGAUAAUCCAAGGUGUAACCCAAAUGCCCGACUUCUUGAUAAUCUAACAUAUCAGGAGGUGAUGUCGAAAGAUCUUUCGGUGAUGGACAUGACUGCCAUUACUUUAUGCCAGGAAAACAACAUUCCUGUUGUUGUGUUCAAUCUAAACAAACCGGGUAACAUCUCAAAAGCCAUAAAGGGAGAGAAGGUUGGCACAUUGAUUGGAGCAACACGGAAUUCUACUGUGACGACGACAUGAGGCAUGGUUUUCAUUUUUCCUGGUUGAGGUUAUAUUGAGGAUGGUUUACGGCAUCUUUUCUUUGUUUUUUUUCUUUUUUUCUUUUUUUGUCAAUGGUAUUCAGCGUCUUUAGUGUAAAUAAAUUUUGAAUUUUGUGUUUUAACAAUUUGGAAGUUUCGUAGCAUUGUUAGUUGAUCCAAGUAA